AGCAAUGGACUGACUACUCACUGAAAUGAUAGAUAUAAUGGUGAGAUGAAACAGAAAGUCCAGCUUACCCUCUCCUGCACUGGUUUGAGAGAUGCUGAUUUCUUUUCUAAGUCUGACCCUCUUGUCACUAUAUUUGAUGAAUUCAACAAUGAGUUGGGACGCACAGAAUGUAUUGACAAUGAGUUGAAUCCUGUUUUUAAAGAAAAGAUUACUCUUGAUUACGACCCUUAUGAAGAACAAAAGUUAAUCAUCAAAGUUUGGGACAUUGAUGACUACGAAAAUGACAUUACCAAAGCAGAUUUUUUGGGUGAAAUCGCAUGCACACUUGAAGAGCUAGUAGAUUCCGGAGCAAAGUUUUCCAAAGCUCUCAGAUACGAAGGCACUGACUACGGAAAGAUCUUCAUAAAAACUGAAAAGCUUAAUCCACCUCCUCAAAAAGCUGCUAAGAAAGGCAAGAAGGGGAAGAAAGGGAAGAAAGGGGAGAAAGGGGAAGAAAUAACUGCUUCUCAAAAGAAAAAUUCCAAAGAGAUCAAAAAUGAUACCUGGAUAAAAAGUGAGGUGACAGAAGUAAAAAGUGAGAUGGCAGAAGUGGACGAUACGUUUAAAUCCGUUAAGUCGGAAGAGGAUGAAACUAGGGAUGAAGAAAUAGAGGAAUCUUUAGCGAUGGGUCCUUCAGAUACGAUGAUGACGCAAGGUUUUAUACCCAGUGCAGAGAGGUACACUCCAACUGACGAACAGGAGUCCAAGUUUACUCCCGUUGAGCACCCCAUCCGUCAAGCUGCAGAAAAUAUUACAGGAAGUGGAGGCUAUCUCUCAGACCCCGGCAUAAACGACUCAGACGAGCAAUUCAAAUCAGCUAACGGGUCUAACUCUAAACCAUUCCACUUCAUUCCCACGAAGAGCAGUUUAUACGACAUGUCCCUAACUCCCCUCGACGAAAUUUCCUGCAUCACCCCUCACUCAACAGAACCGAACACUCUGAAGCAGCAACGUGAAUCUGAUACUUUCAGUCAUCUGACUGGGGAAUACCUGAUACAAGAAGAAGAUACCUACGAAGAGCUGAAGACAGGCUACAAACCUGUCUACCCCAGUUUAUCAGGAGCAGGACUCAUGAACACUGGAACUGCCAUGACUCCAGCGAAUCAUAAGGCUACUGUCAGCACUGCUACCUCGCCCAUUUGGAGAAAUGGCCAGGUCCCCAGCAAUAAACAGACUGUCCAACUAACCAUAUCCUGCACUGGUCUGAGAGAUGCUGAUUUAUUCUCUAAAUCUGAUCCUCUUGUCACGGUAUUCGACGAAUUCAACAACGAGCUAGGUCGCACAGAAUGUAUUGACAAUGAGUUAAACCCUACUUUCAAAGAAAAGAUCUUUCUCGACUACGUCCCCUCUGAAGAACAAAAUUUAAUCAUCAAAGUUUGGGACAUAGAUGACUACGAAAAUGACAUAAGCAAAGCAGAUUUCUUGGGUGAAAUAGCAUGCACACUUGGGGAGUUGGUAGAUUCUGGGUCCAAGUUUUAUAAAGCUCUCAGAUAUAAAGGCUCUGACUAUGGAAAGAUUUUUAUAGAAACUAGGAAACUUAGUCCACCUCCACCACAAGCCAGUAAGAAAGAUCGGACGAGAAAGAAAGUUCCUCCUUCUGUCUCUGAUAAGAAAAGCUCCAUCAAGGGCCAGGUCCCCAGCAAUAAACAGACUGUCCAACUAACCAUAUCCUGUACUGGUCUGAGAGAUGCUGAUUUAUUCUCUAAAUCUGAUCCUCUUGUCACGGUAUUCGACGAAUUCAACAACGAGCUAGGUCGCACAGAAUGUAUUGACAAUGAGUUAAACCCUACUUUCAAAGAAAAGAUCUUUCUCGACUACGUCCCCUCUGAAGAACAAAAUUUAAUCAUCAAAGUGUGGGACAUAGAUGACUACGAAAAUGACAUAAGCAAAGCAGAUUUCUUGGGUGAAAUAGCAUGCACACUUGGGGAGUUGGUAGAUUCUGGGUCCAAGUUUUAUAAAGCUCUCAGAUAUAAAGGCUCUGACUAUGGAAAGAUUUUUAUAGAAACUAGGAAACUUAGUCCACCUCCACCACAAGCCAGUAAGAAAGAUCGGACGAGAAAGAAAGUUCCUCCUUCUGAUAAGAAAAGCUCCAUCAAGGGCCAGGUCCCCAGCAAUAAACAGACUGUCCAACUAACCAUAUCCUGCACUGGUCUGAGAGAUGCUGAUUUAUUCUCUAAAUCUGAUCCUCUUGUCACGGUAUUCGACGAAUUCAACAACGAGCUAGGUCGCACAGAAUGUAUUGACAAUGAGUUAAACCCUACUUUCAAAGAAAAGAUCUUUCUCGACUACAUCCCCUCUGAAGAACAAAAUUUAAUCAUCAAAGUGUGGGACAUAGAUGACUACGAAAAUGACAUAAGCAAAGCAGAUUUCUUGGGUGAAAUAGCAUGCACACUUGGGGAGUUGGUAGAUUCUGGGUCCAAGUUUUAUAAAGCUCUCAGAUAUAAAGGCUCUGACUAUGGAAAGAUUUUGAUUAAAACGAGGAAACUUUACCCACCUCCACCAAAAGCUGGUAAAACAGACCGUAAGAGAUCGAAAGUUGCUACUUCCCAUAAGAAGCACUAUAAAGAGAACUCUCCGAGCCAUCAAAACCGUAAGCAAUCCCCAAUCAACAACAACAACAUGAACAACAACAACAUGAACAACUACCGAACACCAAGUCACGUGUCGUCACGAGAUGAGAUGAGAUCUCCUCCAGCUCACCCUCCUUCUAUCAGCAGUGCACCUUCCUCAGAGUUGCGUUGGUGUAAGUACUCCUCAAAAGAUAGCAGUGUAUGGGAUGGAAGUGACACGGAACUAGAGAAAACAGAGUUCUACAGUUUCACAGACACUAACAGACAAGUAGCAGCCUCGCCUAGCAGACGGCCGCCUAUACUUGAGGACUUUGAGAAGACUUGGGAGAACGUCCUGAUUGAAGGAAAUAGCCCGGAUUGGAGUGCUGUGGACAGUCAGCAGUGGCGGACUUGGUUCGAGUUUUAUAAGGCUACUAGAAAGGUUAAGAAGUUGAGCUGGCUCCUGGUAGGUACCAUGAUGGGUACAAGAGAAUGUGUACAGAGAGGAUGCUAUGUGAACUCAGCUAACAGUACAGUCCACCUCCCUGACUCUACUACUGAGGUGUUUGUUGAGGAUAAGAGUAUUCUCCACCAACCUCCACCUCUCCGCUUCAACAAGACUGAUAUCAACGUUAUCAACGUCGACCCCAUACAGGUUUGUCUCCACUUGCAGAAGAGUGGUUACAGGCCAGGUCUGUUCGUACCCGCAAACCCGCACCAGCCAGGUGGAGAGUGGCGGACGGGCGGGAUAGGGCCCUUAGAGGAGUUCAUCAGGAGGUCUUCUUACUACACAUGUGUAGAUCAUGUAGACGGACCGAUGAAAGGAGAGAGAAGGACGGGAAGUAUGGGGUUGUUAGGGCCUACAGAGUGUCAAGUCAACACCAACGUCACCGUCUUCAGAGAGUCCCAACAGAGAAACUACCUCUUCCUGGAUCAAACUCAACUUGUAGACGUCUUCUCUGUUUCACCUCUUCCUAAGUUAAAGAGACAGAAAGAGAACCUAAACCUGACAAAUGAAGAAGUACACCUCCUAAAAAGGAAGCUGAGUAUCCUACUGUGCACGGCGGCGACACACGGUGCUGACUGUCUGGUUAUCACGCCCCAUCUGACUGAGGGACGCCGUGUUCCUCACCGACAUGUCGCACAAGUGGUGCAGAGUGUUGUUACCAAAUAUAGUGGGUUGUUGAAACGUGUUAUAGUAGCGAUUGAGCGAGAUGUUAUAUUCCACGACAUCUCCAAGGACAUCCUGUCAGUGUACCACAAACAAUUCCCAGAGGGUGAGAUAUCCCUGCCCUUACUUCCACCACUCUCUAGCUCCCAGGAGAUUGUGUUGUGGCAUUGGAUGGGGGAUAAUGAUAACUGGUGUCCUUACGAUCCCAAACAGAACGAAGUGAUUGAUGCUAUUUACCUGCGGGGAGAGAGUAAGAUGAGUCUAAAAGCUGCAGACUCCUCCCACCCCGGUUACACAGUCGACUUUAACCGGUACACCGUCAAAUCUCUUUCCUCUGGAUCCAGUAGGAAGAUUGGAAGAUUUAAACUUGUCUAUGAUAGAAUAGUUAAGAAAUCUGCCUCGAGACCUGUUGGUAACUGGGUAUCAGCUGUAGAAGAGACCAACAAGAUGUUCCAAACAGCAGGAGACGAGACCCUCCAACUGAGCCAGCCUAGCCCUGUCUGGCAGUGGCUUACUAACGACAACACCUGGAACCACUACCUUCCAGAACAAUCCAACAAGUUAGAAUCUGCUUACUUACAGCACGGCACAGCGUGCGUUAUCCUGCAUAUCAACAGUAUAAAGUACAGUGUAAACACCAAGUCCAGGAUCCAGACGAACACAAGUACAGGGAAACAGAGGAAAGUUCAGCGGAGUGUAAAGAGUGUGUCGCCUCCCCCUCGUACUUCUACCCCCACACCUCCUAGUGUAAAAACUAGACCUUCUUUCAUUAAACCCAUAGGCCUCUGGGAGCAUCAAGGUGCAGAUAAGAGUUGGUUACCAUUCGACACAAGCACGAGCGAACUGAUGGAAAUGGCCUUCUCGGAGAGCAAACCUAGGCUGACUGUCGUAUUUAACAACCAGGCUUACUGGAUUUACUUUGAUCCCUAUUUCGUGCUGGUAGACCCAAAUAUCAACGAAGAAUACGCAAUACGCCGAGUCGAGAACAAGGACAAGGACAUAAAGCCAGUCAAUCUAUUCCAACAACCAGUAACCCCAACCAUGCCAGCCAAAAAGCCAGUAACCCCGAUGUCCAAUUCCACUAUGAUAGAGCACGUGGUACAAAAUCCCGCGGAGAUAGCAGAACCCAACGCUCUGUUUACAACUGCUACUGAAUUUACUGGAGAUGAUGUUAAGUCAGUUGCUCCUAAGAUGGCAGUGCCGAAGCGAGCUGAUCGACAGCGAAGUACGUCCGCAGAAAGUGUCAAGUACGAUUCAAAUCAGAACAAAAUGGUUAAGACCUUUUUGAGACACCCUGGAGUUCAAGCGAACAAUAUCAAUUCCUCUCUGGUACGUGACCCUGCCAAGGAGUUUAGUUGGGAGUGGGAGGAUAAGAGGACGGGAUUGUGGCAUUCUCUUCCUGAGUUUAUAUCCUGUUUCCUGGAACCAGCUAGCAAGACUCAGUCUCAUGGAGGCGUUAGGACCUCUAAACUUACGGACGGUACCCAGCAAAUAUUGGUACGAGCUGACUUCAAUUCUAACUGCAUUACUGGGCAUCUUCCUGGGAGACCGGACAUUGUGACCAGAUUGAGGCGGGUAGAGGUGUGCUCCAGAUAUAGUUAGGAAAAUGAUGGGUUUGCCCGAAUUAAUGUCCUCUACUUAAAGGUCAAUCACACCUAUUGCUCCUUCGUCAAUACUUUCGUUGAUAAAAACUUGUGAGACACUACUAAUGGGGCAUCUAACACCUGGUCGGCACGAGGCUCUCCAUGCUUACCUGAACUCUGGACUAGAUAUUCGGAUAUAAUGAUUACAAAUCAUGUAAUUCAACGCUACAGACAAAUUGUCUGUUUGGUUUUUUGAAGAAAACGCCGCGGGGGUUAAGCAAACCCGUUAUUAUGAUUUGCAGUUGACACUUCACUAACUCAGUGCCUGUGAAAUAUGAAAUAUCCCGCUCUAAUCAUAUAUCUCUGCAGCUGGUCCCGCUAAACUGUCGUAUAAUAAUAUAAUAGUAAUACUGCAGCUGAUAAUAUGGUUGAGUGAAGGAAGAUCGGCGCCACCAAAACGGCCCCAAUCCGCUAAAUCGCUGUUAAAUUUGCGAGCUAGUUGACUGUGUCAAAUCUAUUUGUAUGGAGAUUUCAUAGGUUGAAUUGAUAGUUACAUUUUAUAAUUAGUGAUUAAGUAUAGAUCUAUAGUCUGCGAAGAGGGAUUCACUUUUAAAGGUUGUAAUCAAUAUUUAUAAUGUCGCAAUCUGUUUUUACUAAGUUUGCAAUUGUGUUUGAUAUAUCAGAAUUUGUAUGGAACCGUAUUCAGAAUUAUUUCAGAAGUUAGAGAAAUAUUUAUCUAUUAGUUGUUCGAUCUGUACUUAGAGUCAUGGACAUUGUUGUAAUGAAAGUUGCAAAAAUAUAAAUAAAAUUGGCGGUACUGUUUAUCAUUAUGAUUAUUAUCAUUGGUCGUGGCCCGUGGGUCACAUGUUCACGAUAUGAUUACCUGGGAGCACCAUGUACAACAAGAGGUCCAAAUAAUGAGCUUUUUUUCUUUCAUUACAGAUUGUGGUUUACAUAGCUAUAGUUUGGUUUUGGAUCAUGGUUAAUCGCCUCGAGCAUGACUGACGGGGUACUUUAUCCGCUUUUUCUUGUCAGAAACGGGUUCUGGAAAAACAAACUCCUUCAGCUCCUACUCAGCAAACACUUUGUCGUAAUCAUUAUACUGUAAGUCAUAUUACUGGUAAUGCUUAAUAAUAAUAUGAUGCUUC